ACGGAGAACGGAGUGCUGCUGCCCUCGCUGCAGUAUGCCCUGCCCUUCCUGGACCUGCACGGCACCCCCCGGCUCGAGUUCCACCAGUCCGUGUUCGAUGAGCUGCGGGAGAAGCUGCUGGAGAGAGUCUCGGCCAUCGCUUUGGAGGGGAAGGUCGAGGAGAGAUACAAGAAGCUGGAAGAUCUCCUAGAGAAGAGCUUUUCCCUGGUCAAGAUGCCCUCGAUACAGCCCGUGGUCAUGUGUGUCAUGAAGCACUUGCCCAAGGUCCCUGAGAAGAAGCUGAAGCUGGUGAUGGCUGACAAGGACCUGUACAAGGCCUGUGCUGUGGAGGUGAAGAGACAGAUCUGGCAGGACAACCAGGCUCUCUUUGGGGAUGAGGUGUCACCCCUGCUGAAGCAAUACAUCCUGGAGAAGGAGAACAUUCUCUUCAGCAAUGACAUUUCCUUCUUGCAAAAUUUCUUCAGUCCGUCUCCCAAAACGAGACGUCAGGGAGAGGUGGUGCAGAAGCUGACGCAGAUGAUUGGCAAGAACGUGAAGCUCUAUGACAUGGUGCUGCAGUUCCUCAGGACGCUCUUCCUGCGCACCAGGAACGUCCACUACUGCACGCUCAGGGCUGAGCUCCUCAUGUCCCUGCACGACCUGGAGAUCAGUGAGAUCUGCACUGUUGAUCCCUGCCACAAGUUCACCUGGUGCCUCGACGCCUGCAUUCGGGAGAAGUUCGUGGACAACAAGAGAGCUCGGGAAUUGCAAGGAUUCCUGGAUGGGGUGAAGAAAGGACAAGAACAAGUGUUGGGGGACUUAUCAAUGAUCCUGUGCGAUCCCUUUGCCAUUAACACCUUAGCCUUGAGCACCAUAAGGCACCUGCAGGACCUGGUUGGGCAGGACACCUUACCCAGGGAAAGCCCAGAUCUGCUGCUGCUCCUUAGGAUGCUGUCUUUGGGACAGGGGGCCUGGGACAUGAUUGACAGCCAAGUCUUCAAGGAACCAAAAAUGGAAGCCGAGCUGAUCACCAGGUUCCUGCCCCUGCUGAUGUCCUUUGUGGUGGAUGACCACACCUUCACAGUGGAUCAGAAGCUGCCCUCGGAGGAGAAGGGACCAAUCCCCUACCCCAGUGCCAUUCCCGAGGCUUUCACCAAGUUCCUGCAGGAGAACAGGAUAGCUUGUGAGAUUGGGCUGUAUUACAUCCUUCACAUCACCAAACAGAGGAACAAGAAUGCUUUUCUGAGGCUCCUGCCAGCACUAGUUGAAACAUUCAGUGACUUGGCCUUCAGUGACAUUUUCCUGCACCUGCUCACUGGUAACCUCACCCUGCUCAGUGAUGAGUUUGCACUCGAGGAGUUCUGCACCAGUCUCUUUGAUGGCUUCUUCCUCACUGCCUGCUCCAGGAAGGAGAACGUGCACAGACAUGUGCUCAGGCUGCUGCUGCAUCUGCAUCACAAAGUGGCCCCAGCCAAGCUGGAGUCUCUCCAGAAAGCUUUGGAGCCCACCAAGCAGAGUGGGGAAGCUGUGAAGGAGCUUUACAACCAGCUCAGUGAGAAGCUGGAGCUGCGCAAGCCCAGCCCGGCUGAAGUGACUGAGACUCCCUCCAUGGAGCUGCCCCUGCCCACCGUGCCCACCCCAGCCUCACGCUGAGCUGGGCUGCAGGGCAGGCCUGAGGGGAGAGGAGCUGAGCCUCUGCUGCCUUCUGAGUGCCUCUGCCCACGGGGUGGAGACAAAAACAAAGCCACCGAAGCUCCUUCAGGAUUCACUGCAGUUCACCCAACUCACUGGCUCUGGCUGGUUAGAAAACUGUAUGCAGUGCAUUGCAAGGUUUACUUUUCUUAAACAUAGCUGAGUGUCUUCUUGUAGAUCCACUUGAAAUCUGACUGUACAUUUUUAAAAGAAAAAAAGAAAAUGCAUAUUUUUAAGCUUA